AUGGCAGGUCAGUGGACGUUGCGGCGUCGGUCUGUGCGGCUGCUGAGCCGCUGCGCAGGUGCUCCGUUCGGUCUGCCGCGUCACUUUGGCCUCUCGUCGGCACCGAAUCCGCAUGUGCGCUUCGACGCUCGAGGCAACAAGCGCCAGUCGCAGAUGGACGCGUCGGGUUCCGGUAAGUGGGAGUUUAAGCACCACAAAAAGCAGCAGCAGCAGCCACAGCCGGAGGAAAAGAAGCGACGCACCCAUCGAAGAGCUGCGAAGGAGCCGCCGGUGUUCACGAACAAGUUUCAGAACUUGCUGAGCUUUGCGUUCGAAGACGUGGGCAGCGAGCAGCCGGUCCGCCUGCAGCAAAAGUCGCAACUAACCGACAGGCGAGAAACGUCGUCACUGGAUCUACUGGGCGCGAUUGGAGUCGAUGGCAAGGAGGAGGAAAGUGUGGAGCUCGAGUUGGCGCAGCUGGGACUGGACGCGGAGGACGACGGCGGGGACACGUUCUCGAAGCGACAAUCGCACGGGCGUCAAAAACCGCAAAAGUUUAAGCUGUUCUCCGACGAAAACGAUCCGUCCGCAGUCUUAGCGGCACUGGGCAUCCCCUCGGCUGGCGAUGGCGAUCGCCGGACAGAAUUGCCGGCGGUGAACAAUAGCCGAAAGGCGAUCAAGUUGAACACAAAGCGCAAGAAGGGAACGCGCAACUUGCUGAAGAAUUUCCAGUUUGAGCAUAGCAUUUUCGACUCAACGUCGGAUCUAUUUGGGGACAUUAAUUGGGAAGAUCCCGACGACCGCGAACGUCGACGCUUUCAGAGACAACAACGGAAGGAGGCCAAGCGCAAGCCAACGCCAGUGCUAUCAGCACAGGAAGUCGAGAUCCCGACGUCACUGACGGUCAAAGAUCUCGCCGAGCGCAUGAGUGUGAAGCCGCGUAUUGUCUUUCGCGCGCUCAAGGAUUUGGGCGAAAAUGGAUUGAAUGAAGAAUCAGUGCUGACUAGUGACAUUGCGGAGCUGGUGGUAGACUCGCAGAACAUGAUACCAGUCUUGCUUCCGCCCGAAUUUAUUGACCUCGAGCUGACGACGCCACCUGCGGAUUGCUCGAACUUUCCAUAUCGACCACCUAUCGUGUCGGUGAUGGGCCACGUCGACCACGGCAAGACCACGCUGCUGGAUGCCCUGCGGAAUUCGAAGGUUGCGGCUACGGAAGCCGGUGGCAUCACACAGCAGAUUGGUGCAUUCUCGGUGGAUCUGGGCAAGAAGUUCAAGUCACACGCGAAGGUCACGUUCAUUGACACACCCGGUCACGCGGCAUUCAGCAACAUGCGGUCACGUGGCUCAGAGCUCACCGAUUUGCUCGUACUUGUGGUAGCUGCAGACGACGGCGUGCGCCCCCAGACUGUGGAAGUAGCACGGCUGGCACUCAAAAACAACGUACCGCUCGUGGUGGCCGUCACGAAGAUGGACAUGCACGAACAUGAUCGAGAGGAGGUGAUCAAUCGUCUUGGAACAGAGUUGUUGAACCAGGGAAUCGUGGUUGAAAACAUGGGAGGUGAAACGCCUUUGGUAUGUGUGUCAGGAAAAACGGGUGAGGGACUUGACCAGCUCAAAGAAACUAUUGCUCUCCAUGCUGAGAUGCUGGACCUGCGUGCUGACACGGAGGCAGCGGGUGAGGCCAUUGUUCUUGAGGCAAGUGUGGCGCGAGGUGUCGGCACCCAAGUAGAUGCGAUCGUGAAGUGGGGCAUGCUCAAGCAGGGUUCAUAUGUUGUGUGCGGACUAGAGUAUGGGAAGGUCCGUGCCCUCGUCGAUCAGGCGGGUAAACGCGUGAAGCAAAUGGCUCCUGGUCACCCCGCGAGAGUGAUUGGGUUGAAGGGUUUGCCUGAAGGCGGUAUCGCUUUGUUGUCGGUGCCCAGCGAAGACCGGGCAAAGGAAGUUGUGGCGGCCCGUCAGGCCAUGCUCGAUUGGGAUCAAAUGGCAAGGGCAGAUGAUGAAGAAGCGGAGACUCGAAGCGAUGACGGUAUUUUGAGACGACGUCGCCGUUUUGCAGGUGCACGCCGAAAGUGGGAGCAAGUGGAAUUGAGACGGCGUGAGGCUGUUGAUGAAGCCAAGCGUGUGGCAGCACUCAAACCUGGGGACGAAGGGUACAUCGCGAACGUGGUUCCGAUCAUUGUCAAAACGGACUCGGUGGGCGUCAUCUCGGCUAUCGACGAGCUCAUCGCAUCCUUACCGAGCGAUGAGGCAGCGAUAAAGUGCGUUAUGUCUGCUGUCGGGCCCGUCACAUCUUCCGAUCUUUCAAUGGCUCAGGCAACUGGAUCUACAAUCUACUCAUUUAAUAUCAACCACGCCGCCUCUAUUGAGCAAGAGGCAUUGCAGAAAGAGGUGACUUUGCGUCGGCACCGGGUCGUGUACAGUUUGCUGGACGACAUCAAGGAACUCUUGCAGGAGAAUCUCAAGGGUGUGGUAGUGCAUGAGGUGAUCGGUAUCGCUGAGGUGAUUCAAUCCAUCCCUAUCUCGACGUCGGCGACCCGCAGUACCAACAUUGCGGGUUGCAAGGUCACUUUCGGCUCGCUCAACAUGCAGGCGAAGUACCGACUGGUGCGUGAUGGCGAUACGAUCAUCGAAAACGUGGACAUGGCGUCCAUGCGUCACUUCCAGCAGAAGGUGUCAGAAGUGAACAAGGGUCAGGAGUGUGGACUUCAGCUUGUGGGCACGGACGACUUUCAGCCUGGCGAUAUGCUUGAGGCGUACACGACAAAGGUGGUCAAGCCCGAGAUUUAG